GGUCUGCCCACUGAGUCCUGUAGAGGUGGCCGCAGGCCUGCACUGGCCUCAGUGCACGUGCACCCGGUGUGGUGGGGGAGCGGGCCGGGACAGAUCUAGGGAGGCUUAGGGCAUGGCAGGCUUCCCGACUGCCUGGAAUGGGGCUCAUGCUUCAGUGCCACAAAGGCUGGACGAGCUCCACCUGGGCCAGCGGCAAUGCCGGGCUGGGCAGUGCCAGGCUGGGCAGUGCAGGACCCGGGGGUUAGAGAAGGCGGCGUGUUCCCCUAACAUGGGGCGUGUGAGGGUCACCGGGAAGCUUUACUAAAAUGCAGCUUGCAGGGUCCUACUCCCAGAGAGGGUCUGGUCAGUGGGUCUGGAAUGGGGCAGGUUGACAGUGACCGCCAAUUCAGGGGUCACACCAUGAGUCCUGCCAAAGUGACCCCAUGGCCUGGAAGCAGCCGUCCCAGGUGGGUCUGGCGUGACCAGACCUCUUCCAGGCCGGCCCCCGGCAAUGCACAGUUCCUGUCAUCUCUGCUGGCGGCCCUGGCCCGCACAGAAGCCCCCUCCCGACACGCCUUUUAAGGAGCCCGCACCGCCAUGCCAGCGGGGUGGAAGGGAACCUUGUGUACUGUGGCCCACUCGAGGGCCGGGGGGGCCUGGGGCCCAGGUGUGCCUGUCACCAUCACACGUGAGUGUCUGGUCAGGUCAGAGGGUGCCCUGUCCCCAGAAUAGCCUCACCCUGCUGGGCAGUGCCCCAGGAGUCCAGAAGAUACAUGUGCUGGCAUGGGGGCCACUUCCCUCUGGGGGCCAGGGGACUCCGUCCCUGUGAGCAUCCCCCAUGCUGUAGGCUUCUCUCGCUUCUAUUUGCAUUCGUUUAUUUCUUCCACGAGAGCGCGAUGGAGAGAGAACGUUCCUGACAGGUCUCUGCCACGGUCCUCCCCCAGCCCUCCCCAGGUCAUGGCCACCCUGCCCAGCGUACUCAGGGAGGUCUGCAGACACGAGCCCAGGGCCUCACCAACGGUCGUGUCUGACCAGCACGCCGCCAGCCCAGAUAACGUUUCCGGGUCCCUCCUCCUCCUGCUGCCCCGAGGCUGUCGCUGGCCCUCGGGCGCCCAUGGGACGGGUGAAGCCCCCCUGGACCGCGGCUCCUCCCAGUGGCCGUCGUCCUGCUGGGCCCCCGCCACGGCGCCAGGAUGCACGUGUCGGCGGUGCUCAACGCCCUCCUGGUGUCGGUGCUGGCUGCCGUCCUGUGGAAGCAUGUACGGCUGCGGGAGCAUGCGGCCACCCUGGAGGAGGCGCUGGCCCUGGGCCAGCAGGCCCCCGAGCCCGCGCCCUCGCCGAGGACCGACUACGCGAAGGCCCUGCGCAGCCUGACCGAGGGCGGCACCCGCAUGGUGUGCACGGGCCGCACCCACACCGACCGCAUCUGCCGCUUCGCCUGGCUCUGCUACUCCAGUGAGGCCGAGGAGUUCGUCUUCUUCCACGGCAACGCCUCGGCCAUGCUGCCCAACCUGGGCUCCCGGCGCUUCCAGCCGGCGCUGCUCGACCUGUCCAGCGUGGAGGACCACAGCGCCCAGUACUUCAACUUCGUGGAGCUGCCGGCCGCCGCCCUGCGCUUCCUGCCCAAGCCGGUGUUCGUGCCCGACGCCGCGCUCAUCGCCAACCGCUUCAACCCCGACAACCUCAUGCACGUGUUCCACGACGACCUGCUGCCGCUCUUCUACACGCUGCGCCACGUGCCCGGCCUGGCGCGCGAGGCCCGGCUCCUCUUCAUGGAGGGCUGGGGCGAGGGCGCGCACUUCGACCUCUACAAGCUCCUCAGCCCCAAGCAGCCGCUGCUGCGGGCACAGCUGAAGGCGCUGGGCCGGCUGCUGUGCUUCUCCCAGGCCUUCGUGGGGCUGUCCAAGGUCACCACCUGGUACCAGUACGGCUUCGUGCAGCCGCAGGGCCCCAAGGCCAACAUCCUGGUCUCGGGCACCGAGAUCCGGCAGUUCGCGCGGUUCAUGACCGAGAAGCUGAACGCCAGCCACGCGGGCGCCGCCCUGGGCGAGGAGUACAUCCUGGUGCUGAGCCGCGGCCAGAACAGGCUCAUCCUGAACGAGGCUGAGCUGCUGCUGGCGCUGGCCCAGGAGUUCCAGAUGAAGACGCUGACCGUGUCCCUGGACGACCACGCCUUUGCCGACAUCGUGCGGCUGGUCAGCAACGCCUCCAUGCUGGUCAGCAUGCACGGGGCCCAGCUGGUCACCGCCCUCUUCCUGCCCCGAGGGGCCACCGUGGUGGAACUCUUCCCGUACGCCGUCAACCCCGACCACUACACGCCCUACAAGACGCUGGCCACGCUGCCCGGCAUGGACCUGCAGUACGUCGCCUGGCGGAACACGCUGCCCGAGAACACGGUCACGCACCCAGAGCGGCCCUGGGACCAGGGGGGCAUCACCCACCUGGACCGCGCCGAGCAGGCCCGCAUCCUGCAAAGCCGCGAGGUCCCGCGGCACCUCUGCUGCCGGAACCCCGAGUGGCUCUUCCGGAUCUACCAGGACACCAAGGUGGACCUCCCGUCCCUCAUCCAGACCAUCCGCCGCACGGUGCAGGGCCGGCCGGGGCCGCGGAAGCAGAAGUGGACGGUCAGCCUGUACCCGGGCAAGGUGCGGGAGGCGCGGUGCCAGGCGUCGGUGCAUGGCGCCUCCGAGGCCCGCCUCACUGUGUCCUGGCAGAUGCCCUGGAACCUCAGGUACCUGAAGGUCAGGGAGGUCAGGUACGAGGUGUGGCUGCAGGAGCAGGGGGAGAACACCUACGCGCCCUACGUCCUGGCCCUGCAGAACCACACCUUCACUGAGAACAUCAAGCCCUUCACCACCUACCUGGUGUGGGUGCGCUGCAUCUUCAACAGAAGCCUCCUGGGGCCCUUUGCAGACGUGCUGGUGUGUGGCACGUAGCAAGGGGCCGGGCCGGCCUCGCACCGGCUCCUCCAGGCUCCGACUCGAUCCCGGACCCGCUGAUCCCACGGAGGUGUCUCUGGGAGGCUCUUAUUUAUCCAGCUGCUGCACUGGGCCUGCACCUUGGGGUAUCCUGCACCCAGGACGUGGUGUUCACAGAGGGCGGACAUAGCCCUGCACGAGGGGCCCGGCCGGGACCCUCCUCCCAUCCAGUGUCCCGGGGCCCUCUGCCUCGGCCGCCCUGCUGUUACUGAGUCUCCGCGUUGGUGUCCAGGCGUCUGGAAGCCAGUGACAGUGUGGUCGGGUGGGUGAGUGGUUCAUCUGCUUCUGUCACUGCGAAAUUCCCCUGUAGCCCGGCGGAGGGUGUUUGGGACAUUAAUUAAAUGACUGUACACACUUCA